ACAUAAUUCCAUCUGCAUCCUUAGCCACACAGGGUUAGGGAGGCUACUUAGGAAUCUCCACAUCUUCUCUUUGGAACCAUUAACACCGGCGGCGCAGCCCGCUGUUUUGAUUCACCGGGAAAGAAGAUAAUUGGUUUGCGUAACCACAAUCGACAAAAUCCAGAAAGCCUGCUGCUUACUGCGUUUUUAUCUGAUUUACUACAAGGAAUAGAAGUAAAGCAUGGCUAGGGUCGUCUCGAUGGUUCAUUCAUCUCUUUUCUACAGAAACUCACUCUUUCAGCACAGGAAUGGUUUCAAAUGCUUCACCUUUAGCAUACCCUUUUCCACUGCUACUGCAUCGUCUCUUCCCGCGACUAAAAAGUGGAGACAACCGGCGGCUUCAGUGGUGGAGCUUGGUGGAGUCAAAAUUGCAAAAGAUGAUGUUGUGAGGGAUGACCCGACAAACAAUGUCCCAGACACAAUUUUUUCUAAACUUGGAAUGCAACUACAUAGAAGGGAUCAGCACCCUCUUGGAAUUCUGAAGAAUGCAAUAUAUGAGUAUUUCGACACCAAUUACCAGAACAAGUUUGAUAAGUUCGAUGAUCUCUGCCCAAUUGUUUCCGUACAACAGAAUUUUGAUGAUGUCUUGGUACCCGCGGAUCAUGUUAGCAGGAGCUACAAUGAUACAUAUUAUGUUGAUUCUCAAACUGUGUUGAGGUGUCAUACAAGUGCUCAUCAGGCAGAGCUGUUGAGGAAAGGACACACUAAUUUCCUUGUAACUGGAGAUGUCUAUCGUAGAGAUUCUAUUGAUUCAACCCACUAUCCUGUCUUCCAUCAGAUGGAAGGAGUUCGUGUUUUCAGUCCUGUUGACUGGGAGGCAUCUGGAAUUGAUGCCACAUCCUAUGCAGCUGAGGAUCUAAAGAAAUGUCUAGAGGGCUUGGCACGUCACUUAUUUGGUGCCGUGGAGAUGCGUUGGGUGGAUACAUAUUUUCCAUUUACUGACCCUUCCUAUGAGCUUGAGAUAUACUUCCAGGAGAAAUGGAUGGAGGUUUUGGGCUGUGGGGUGAUGGAGCAAGAAAUAUUAAGAACAAGCAAUAGACCAAACAAUGUUGCUUGGGCUUUUGGACUUGGAUUGGAGCGGCUGGCAAUGGUCCUCUUUGACAUACCGGACAUCAGGCUCUUUUGGUCAACUGAUAUGCGAUUCACCUCUCAGUUUUCCAAGGGUGAGCUGGGGAUCAAAUUCAAACCUUUUUCAAAGUAUCCUCCCUGUUUUAAAGACAUGAGUUUCUGGAUUAAUGAAUCAUUUACCGAGAACAAUUUAUGUGAAGUUGUUAGAGAUGUUGCUGGGGAUCUUGUGGAGGAGGUGCAAUUGAUUGAUAAUUUUACCAACAAGAAAGGUAUGACAAGCCACUGUUAUAGGAUUGCAUAUCGAUCCAUGGAACGUUCCCUUACAGAUGAAGAGAUCAAUGAGCUGCAGUUCAAUGUGAGAGAGCAGGCAGAGAAAAAGUUGAAUGUUGUCCUAAGAUGAGAGUUCCCCACGUGAGGGCCAUGUGUACCUAAAGUUUGCAAACCACAUUUUUCUCUAUUACUACUUUGAGGAAUCUUAUUGUCCAUCUUAGAAGAAAGGUUUUGAACUGGCAAUGACAUGGAACUCGGCAAUGUUCAGCUAGCUUGUCCAUCUUCAGUUUGAUAUAGUUCCUUAUUUCUAAUUGGUCUGGAGAGAAGUUUAACUAUUCAGAAUAUGAAUAAUAGCGUUGGUCCUCCUUGUAACCUCAUAAGCCGAUGUUUCUUUGCACUCUAUUUCAGUACACGCUUCAAUUUUAAGUUACAAAGUCUAUUGUUGCAGUCAAAGUGAUCAAUACAGAUCAAGUGAUUAG